UUUGCAUCGGCUGAAGCAGCCUUUGGGAGAAAGGUGUUGCAGGCUGUGGUGCCCUCAGUUUAGGGUCUGCCUUCCUUUUUGCCCUCCCAUUUGUUAUUCAUUCAGUGUCUUCUGGAGCUUGGGUAUUGGCUCCCAACAGUCAUAAAUGAAGUCACGGACUCUCCCUGCCUUUGGAAAGAAAACAAAAUUUAUGCUUACCAGAUAAAUUCCUUUCUUUCCUGGCAGGGAGAGUCCACGACCACUCUCAUUGUCCUUUUUGGGCAGCUUCCCUUUUAUUUUCUUCUGGCACCUCCUAUACCCUAAUGUUUAUCCUACUUUUUCUUGUUCCCUCGGACAAAUGACUGGAGGAGUAGGGGAAGUCGGAGGGAUAUUUAUAGCCUUUGGCUGGGGUGUCUUUGCCUCCUCCUGGUGGCCACGUGUUAUUACCAACAGUAAUGAAUUAAGUUGUGGAAAAGAAAUAGCCAGGAAAGAAAGGAAUUUAUCUGGUAAGGACCCAACAUUGUCUCUCUAGGGAUAGAUGAAACAAGUUCCAUCUGUUUUCAAUAAUAGGGCAACGGAUAGCCACGCUCCAAAAAACGGUCCCUCAUUUCAUCAAGUCUCACAUCAAACAAUUUUUCAUCAGUGACAAUCCUACGUACCCUUAAUAGUCGGCUCUGUGGAAGAGCUUUUAAUAGAGGUAAGGGGUGGGCGCUAUCAAAGUGUAAAAGGCUAUUGCGAGCAAUGGUUUUCCUAAAGAGAUCUAUCUUCAACAUACUACCUGAUUUAAUCACUCUGAUAUCUAGAAAGACCAAAUCUUCCUCACUCCAGGUCAGUUUAAAUUUUAUGUGAUUGGUUCAUCUGUUCAAAUCAUUAACAAAAACAGUAAGGGUUCCAACGUCGCCGUACCAAAUUCCAAGAUGUCAUUGAUAUAGCGCCACCAACAGGCGCCACAUUGAAUAAAAUCAAUGCUAGGAAAGACAAACUUUUCUUCGUACAUGUUCAUGAAAAUAUUAGCUUAAUUGGGGGCAAGGUUGGAACCCAUUGCUGGUCCCUGAACCUGUAAAAAAAUAAUUGUCCUCAAAGAGAAAAUAAUUAUAAAGAACAAAUUUCAGCAAUUGCAUUAGAAAAUCAAUCUGUGCCAAAUCAUAACUCCAAUCAGUAUUUAAAACUGCCUUUACUGGGUAAUAGAUGUAUAUAGGCUCUCUACAUCUAAACUAAAUAGGAGAAAUGUAUCCGUAUUUAAACUUUGAGUCAACUUUUAAUUGAAAGUCACUAGUGUAUUUAAUAAGUCUAAGAAUUCUAAAUAAAUUGAAACAUUAGUAGAUACAAAGCAUAUACUGGAAACAAUACGGCGACCAGGGGGUUCUUAAUGAUUUUUGGGCAAUGUGUAUAGGACAGAGGUACGAGGGUGAUCAAUAUUUAGAAAUUUGACUAUGUCUUUAUUAAUGAUGCCGUUCUUUAGAGCAUUGUGGGAAAUCCUUUUUAAUUCUUUUUGGAUUGAAAAAAUGGGGUUACUAGACAAUUUUUUUGUAAAUAUCCUCUUUACUAAUGUGUUUUUUAUGGAUUUGACAUAGUUACAUUUUCUGUGCACCCACACUACCCCCUAGUGGUAUGUGGGUAAAUAAAGAUGGAGUUAAUCGCUGUGUUUGAUUGCAUGACUAAUGGAGCAAUCCCAAAACGUUAUGUAUUGAGUGCAUGGACUGGAUAUUUGUAUGUGUAUGUGUGUGUGUGGCGCUACAUGUGUAUUUACUCUAUCUAUAAAAUAAUUGCACUGAUUUGCCCUAGACUGUCUGCAUCCAUAGACACCAGUAAAAACAGCCAUCUGCGCUACACAUCACUUCUUACCCCUAGCAGUAAAACAGCUUGUGCAACGCUAUUUUGUGGUGAAGCUGCGCUUUUGUUGUGGGAUGCUGGAGCUCUAAGGAUGAUAUUUGCUCUCCCAAGGUCACAGUGAUGUGAAGUGUACCUCCCUCCUCAGCAUGAUGUCUGCGGAGCAGCUGACGAUGGAGAACUACUCAGAGGAACAGCAGAUUCAGCUUGUGACCCAGUUUAAGAUGGAACAAGAUCCUGUUUGUCCUGAGACGGCAGAGAGUACGGGGACUGGAGACAGCCCGAUGGAGACUGACAAGCAGGCCAUCUACCGACACCCCCUGUUUCCCCUGCUGACUCUGCUAUUUGAGAAGUGUGAGGGAUGCACUCAGGGCUCGGAAGGGACAACCUCUGCCAGCUUCGAUCUGGACAUUGAGACAUUUGUGAGGCGACAGCACAAGGAGGGGAAGAAUUUUUUCUCUGAAGAUCCUGAGACGGACAGUCUGAUGGUAAAAGCAAUCCAGGUUCUACGCAUUCACCUGCUGGAGCUGGAGAAGGUGAAUGAAUUGUGUAAAGAUUUCUGCAGCCGCUAUAUUUCCUGCUUGAAAACCAAGAUGAACAGUGAAACCCUGCUGAGUGGGGAACCUGGGGGUGCCUAUUCCCCCAUACAGAGUGGACUCAGUGGAACCCUCAGCCCACAGGGAAUUGUGGUCCCUGCAUCAGCUCUUCAGCAAGGAAACAUGACUGUGGCAAAUGUAGCAGGUGGCACUGUGUACCAGCCAGUCACGGUGGUGACACCCCAGGGACAGGUUGUGGCGCAGGCUAUCUCUCCUGGAACCAUCCGGAUUCAGAACUCACAGCUCCAGUUACAGCUCAGUCAGGAUCUUGGGCUUUUACACUCUGAUGACGGCUCUGGGAAAAACAAACGGGGUGUUCUGCCCAAACAAGCCACCAACGUCAUGAGGUCCUGGCUCUUCCAGCACAUUGGACAUCCGUACCCCACUGAAGAUGAGAAGAAACAGAUUGCGGCUCAGACCAACCUCACGCUGCUUCAAGUUAACAACUGGUUUAUUAAUGCUCGGCGCCGUAUCCUUCAGCCUAUGCUGGAUUCCAGUAGUAAUGACAUCCCUAAGACAAAGAAGAAGAGCGGGCAGAGCCGUCCAGUGCAGAGGUUCUGGCCAGACUCCAUUGCAGGGGUGUCACAGCAUGCAGAUGAUGUCGGCAUGUCUGAGGAUGCUGUGGUGACGCUCUCAGCUUCGAGCGCUCUCGGAGCAGACAGCCUGCAGUCUCUGACUUCGGAUGGAGCCACUCUUGCAGUGCAGCAAGUGAUGUUAGGUGGGCAGAGUGAGGAUGAGUCUCUGGAAACAGAUGAGGAGGACACAGAUGCAGAACUGAACACGGGAGACUUGCGAGGUCUGGUGCUGAGUAGCGGGGGGCUGCAGUGACGGACACUGUACUAAUUCUGUGCCACCGGGAGUGACGGUUCCUAAAAUGUGAGGUCAUAUGUGGUGAUCCCUAAACUCUCUUCCUGCCACAAGCUGCUUCUUGCUACAAAAUGUUUUGCACCUUAACACAAACUGACUCCUAAGGAGCUAAUAGCGAGUGAGCAACAAACGCCUGGUGAUACCCCCCAUCACCCACUGACUGCACCUCUCACUGUACCCCUGAAACUAAAACUCAUGCCACGUGAUACCCCCAAGACUUCAAGCUUGGUGACCUUCAUUUCACGUCAUGUAAACUUACCAAACCUUGCAUUGUGAACAGGCAACAAGGUGAACCAGUGACCCCCAUACCACAGACAAGUGAUCCGCAAGUCUCCCGACCUGGAAACGCAAAACCUGCUUAGCACUGAUGGGGCGAAAGGAAUGGGGGAUGGUGUGGAACCUUCCGCGAUGCACAAUACAGAGCAACAGGUCACAAGGUUUAAAGAUCACACAACAGAGGACAGUGCCACUACACAUACGUGUCCCCUCUUGUACUGCACAGUGACAUCUCUGGUGAAUUGUGUGCACAUGCAAGGCUGUCACACAGCGAGCUGUAACGUCUGUGGGCUACCAGUGAGGGGAAAAAGUGACGUUUUGUUUUUACUCCCAAAUGAUAGAACUGUAUUUUUGUAGAGUUGUGAGAGAAUAAAUCUUGAAACAGA